AUGAUAUGUAUGCAACAAUGCUACAUGGUGGAAGGGAGGCUUUUAUUGGCCUUCUGUUACAUUCUGCUACAUCUAGAUCUAUCGUUGCAAGCAAACACAACGAGCACAACAUUCGAGCCAAAUGUUACAACCAUCGAACCCAAUGUUACAACCAUCGAACCAAAUGUUACAACCAUCGAACCAAAUGUUACUAUUGCCAUUACAUCAUACAAUAAUACGUCAACAUCGAAUGUAACCGGAGUCAACACCACAGUUCCAACAAUUGUUGAACAAGGAGCGUCAUUGAGUCUAUUCGGAAUAGAUAGCGUCCUUAUAUUCGACAUUAUCCUCAUCAUAUGCGCCAUCAUUGCUUUCUUGUUACUGGUGCUUGUGUCUGUGACGUGUUGUAAGUGGUGUAUGGCCGUCAAUGUACCAAAUAAUGCGGUACAUCACAAUGUAGACACUGUUGUACCCCAACGGCGUCAAUCUCAUCAAUACCAAGAGGAGAAUAUGUGUGACGUUUUCCCCCCUGGUCAGAUCAUGACUCCCCAUCAGUAUGAACCCAACAGGGUCAGCAACCACACUGAGGAAGAGCCAGACAAGCACGACAUUCGACUUCGCACCAUAGAUCAGAUUAUAAAACAGAAAAAUAUCAAAGAUAGUUGGAUGCGGCAUUACAACAGAAAAGUCCAGUGGGAAAUAUCAGUGAGCCCAGAUACAUAAGAAAACAAAACAAUAUAGACUGUUCCAAGUAUGACCCUUGGCAGUGUUUUGGCCAUUUUGGUUACCUUAUGAACAAAUUAAGAAAUGCUUUCAUUUUUCAAUACUGUGUGCAAUUACACAUCCAAUGCCGUACGAUACCGUUUUGGUUACAGUACUGUACGGUGCCGUGAAGUAUGGGACCCCACGGUACCGUACCGUAAACUUUCCACCGUAGACUAAAACCGUACGGUAGCGUGAACAGUGUACAGCUCCAUCUCAGAAGGUACCAUACGGUACCAUUCUCCAAAUGGACCGUACGGUACCGUGAUUUUAGAGUGCGGAUUGGGGAUGUAGUUGGUAACAGUUUGCUACGUAAACGCAUAUAAUGUUAAUUUUAUUUCUAAAUAUAGUACAAAUCGCACCAUGAUGGAUUCUAGUUGAACAUAUUCCAGUUAGUCCACUUUUAUCAGGAUCACCUUCCCUCUUCUUCCACCUUUACCAAUAGCUUGUACUCCGAUCUUACCAGCAGUGAUUUGGAGUCGCUCGUGUCUUGUCUCCGCCCCUAGCACCUUUCUCAGUAGCAUCUGUCCCCUGUUCUCUGUGUAAAUUGCAUAAAACCUCACAUCUGGGCCUUUGGGGAGGUCCCAUGUUAGCGUACUACUGUUGUACUGUAUGUUGAUUGGGUCAUUAGGGAUCAGAGAGUUUGGGAGCCAUGACAUCUCUGGAAUCAAAGCAGGCUGGUUAUAAACGCCUUGUCUGAGGAGGUCACUUAUUGAUUUUGUAUUGCUCCUUAGUUGGCCGUACCUAUAGUAAGAGAAAAUGGUACGUUUGUAAGAAAAGACAACUCAAUAACUUCACUGAUGGAAAAGGAAAUGGACAUUACACUAGUACUGAAGAAAACAC